AUGGCAGAGAACAAGUCAGGUCAGUAUGCAGCACAGUAUGUCACCGUCAUAGGCAGCGAGCAGUAUGGUCACCGUCACUAUGGCCGCGAGCAUAUGCACCGGUCAUUGCAGCGAGCAGUAUGGCACCUGCGUCACUAUGGCAGCGAGCAGUAUGACCGUUCACUAUGGCAGCGAGCACUUUUUGUUAUUGACAACGGUGCUGAUGAUUGGAGGAUAGCGAUGACCUACGAGAGGAUCUUCUACAUCAGCUUGGAGCUGGUCAUCUGUGCCAUCCACCCCAUCCCGGGAGAGUACAAGUUCUUCUGGAACGCCCGCUUGGCCUUCUCCUACACACCGUCCCAGGCAGAGGCAGACGUGGACAUUAUCCUCUCCAUCCCAAUGUUCCUGAGGCUGUAUCUCAUUGCCAGGGUGAUGCUACUGCACAGCAAGCUCUUCACCGACGCCUCGUCCCGCAGCAUCGGGGCCCUAAACAAGAUCAACUUCAACACCCGCUUUGUAAUGAAGACUCUAAUGACCAUAUGUCCGGGCACCGUUCUAUUGGUCUUCAGCAUAUCUUUGUGGAUCAUCGCAGCUUGGACAGUCAGGGUCUGUGAGAGGUACCACGACCAACAGGACGUGACCAGCAACUUCCUCGGGGCAAUGUGGCUGAUAUCCAUCACUUUCCUUUCCAUCGGCUACGGCGACAUGGUCCCAAACACCUACUGCGGGAAAGGAGUUUGCUUACUCACCGGCAUCAUGGGGGCCGGCUGUACGGCGCUAGUCGUGGCCGUGGUCGCUAGGAAACUGGAGCUCACCAAAGCGGAGAAACACGUGCAUAACUUUAUGAUGGACACCCAGCUGACGAAGCGGAUUAAGAAUGCGGCGGCAAACGUUCUGCGGGAAACCUGGCUGAUAUACAAGCACACCAAGCUAUUAAAGAAGAUCGACCAUGCCAAAGUCCGGAAGCACCAGAGAAAGUUCCUUCAAGCCAUCCACCAGCUGCGCAGUGUGAAGAUGGAGCAGAGGAAGCUGAGUGAUCAGGCCAAUACGUUAGUGGAUCUCUCCAAGAUGCAGAGCGUAAUGUACGACCUGAUAACGGAGCUGAACGACCGCAGCGAAGAUCUGGAGAAGCAAAUCGUCAGCCUCGAGACCAAGCUGGACCAGAUCGUCUCCACCUUUAACACUCUCCCUGUCCUAAUCGUGGACGCCCUGCGGCAGCAGCAACAGCACCUCCUAUCUGUUGUCCUGGAAUCACGGGGACUGGGGGUGGCAGUGGGCACGCCGCAGACCCCUCUAUCUGACAGUCCGAUGGGGAUCAGUUCGGCCUCGUUCCCGACGCCCCACACCAGCUCCAGCAGCUGCUGAGAAGGGAAGGUGUUAGGAGCGGGGAUAGUAGACAACCAAGCUGUGUGCUCUCACUAUAAAUCAUUAGGAGGGGGUCAGCUUCUUAAAAAAAAAGAUUUUUGGCCUCGUAACCAUCGGCCAAAUGUCAGCGAACCACGUAGCGGCAGAAAGGUUACUAAUUGAGAAGUAGGUAUGAGGGGAGAGCGCUCUCACCAUUCACUGACAAGUUGCCUGCGAUGCUUUGGGGGUUCGUCCUGUUCUAAUAUCUCCUGUCCUUUAUUCUUAUGGCCCCCACAUGGUCAAAAAUAGAAGCCCCUUUUUGACCUGAAGGUCAGUCAUGAGUUAUCCACAUUAUCUGUCCCGUCCAGUCUCUGUCCAGUUAUUGGAUUGUGGCUGUCUGUACAGAGAACUAGUCAUCAUAAGUGGCCCUUAUCUACUAAUAACGUUGCUUUAGUUCGUUUUCCUAUCACCCCCACUUACCUUGCCUAAACAGGAUAGAGUGUUGUUGGGUUGGGCUAGGGCUGCAAUUUAGAAUAGGCCUAUCUGGCUGUGGCUUCUUCAGUGAAGAGUCAGAUUUUCUCAUGCAUUGCUUAUCAAACAAACCCUUUUAUUUGAUAUUUUGCCUUUAAAGAAGUGCCAGUAUAAUGAGAAUCCUUAGUUUUUGCAAUUAGGGUGCUCCUAGUGGUGAGGACAGGGAAGUACAGGUGGAAAAAAAUGAGGUAAGUUAAAUAUUUAUACAGGGUAUAUACAAUAACUGAGUUGGAUUUACAGUAGUAAUAAGCACCCAAUAUGUGCCACCUUUAAAGAAAAUGAGCAAAGGGUACCUCCAUGGGUGCCUGUGCCUGGCCAAGUAUGAAGGGGUGUCACUAGACCUGGCUUACAGGGUAGCUUAGCCUUAGAUCACAGUGUUUUUGGUAACAAUGAGGCUACAAGUUUUCUAAUUCUCUAUUCUAGAACACUGUAUGAAUGCUCAGUUAUCAGGGAUAUCAGGGGUAGCAUUAAGGCUAUAAAGAUGAUUUUAUACAGAAACCUAUAUUAUAUUAUAAUCUCAGAAAGCUGGGAAUAUAAAAAACUAGUCCACCAGCCUUAUUGGAUUAAGGUGGUCCCACACCGGGUGAUUUGGGGGUUACUGGGCCGACCCGUUGGAUAAUAUAAUAAUCUGGUGGCAAGCGCUGGCACCCUCAAACCCUGUUAAACAAACAUAAUGGUUCUCACCUGCAGAUCCUUGUACAGCGGGCAUUGCCAGGGCAAAAAAAGACAAAGGAGAAGACAGAAGGAGGAAACAAAGGAGUAGGAAAGAACAGAAGAAGGAAACAAAGGAGUAGGAAAGAACAGAAGAAGGAAACAAAGGAGUAGGAAAGAACAGAAGGAGGAAACAAAGGAGUAGGAAAGAGCAGAAGAAGGAAACAAAGGAGUAGGAAAGAACAGAAGAAGGAAACAAAGGAGUAGGAAAGAACAGAAGGAGGAAACAAAGGAGUAGGAAAGAACAGAAGAAGGAAACAAAGGAGUAGGAAAGAACAGAAGGAGGAAACAAAGGAGUAGGAAAGAGCAGAAGAAGGAAACAAAGGAGUAGGAAAGAGCAGAAGGAAAUAUGGGGGAGGAAAGAACAAGAAGAAAAACAUGGGAGAAGGAAUGAGAAGGAGGAAACAUGGGAGAAGGAAUGAGAAGAAGGAGGAAACA